GUCGGUUAAGAUCCUGCCGCUGUUUGCUCUGCACCGCCAGCGGACGUUUGUAGCACUUGCACUUCAUCGUGGAGUCCUUACCGCCGCGGACGUGGGGAACUGCACAGAAGACAAACGAUGUGUGUGGUGGCGCGCUUGGCGCUGCUGCUAGCGGCGUGGUUGGCAGCCCUGCAACUUGCGGCGGGGUGUUCCUGUAUGCUGACUCACCCUCAGGACCAGUUCUGCAGAGCAAAUUACGUGAUUCUGACGAGAGUGAAGAAGGAAAUCGUGACGGACAGAGACCGCGUCUACCGGACAGUGGUCAAGAGGAUAUUCAAGGCUUCGGAGAAGGACGCGGUGUCGCUGUCUGCGGGCAAGAUCUGGACGUCGUUGCACGACAGCAUGUGCGGCGUGCGGCUGCAGACGAACCGCACGUACGUGCUGGCCGGCCAGCUGUCGGGCGGCAAGGCCCACAUCAACCUGUGCGACCUCUACCUGCCCUGGGACAGCGUCACCCCCAAGCAGCGCAAGGGCUUCCGCCUCAUGUACCGGCAGAGCUGCCACUGUAAGGUCCGAGUAGGCGCCCAGAGCACACCGACGGACAGCGACACCUGCCAGUGGUGGACAUCGUUCCUGGGGCCUGAGGAGGGCCCGGACUGCCAGGGGGAGCACGCCAUCUGCAUGAGGCAGCCCGGUUCCUCCACUCAAGGAGCACACUGCGGCUGGACGGGUGGCAGCCGCUAUCGCCAGUGCAUGGAGGACAGGCGACGGCUGCGUGAGCCGCCAAAGAUUCUACCCCAGCCGGAGCCGCCAAAGAUUCUACCCCAGCCAGAGUCGCCAAAGAUUCUACCCCAUCUGGAGCAGCAAGAGCCAGAGAUAACACCCCAGCCAGAAGUGAUACACGCUCCAGAGCCGCGGCGGCGCCGAGCACACGAGCACCUGGAAAGGACGCCGCGCCGGACCUAGCGUCUGGCUCUCCAGGGGCAGCACAGCAAGGUCACAAAUGGCGUAGGGCUCCCAGACUUUCUCUAUACCGGAUAACCGCCAGCGAGUACCCAAGUCUCGCCUCAACAUUUCUAUAUUUAUUCCCAAGUCACUAUUGCUGUAUAAUGACAUGAUGACAAUCAGAGGAGGGAAGCUUAUGUUCUAUAUCAUUCCCCACUUCCAAAAAUAAUAUGAUGUUGACGACUAGCUAUUAGUCAGCAAAGUGAAAUUACGACCUCAAAGAGGUGAGGAAGUAACAGUGUCUAGCAUUCCUGCCAGUGCAUUGUUGUCACACACUACAUGGCGAUACACCAAUUCCUUGGGUAUUAUAAAAAUAAAACAGUAUUGUUUGCUGACACUCUUAGUGCACAUUGACAUUUGUUCCCACUGACAUGUAAGAUUCCGUCUGUAAAACGACUGGUGCCUUUAUUUCUGAUACUUCAUUUUUUCAUAACAAUGUAUUAGUAAUACAGUAUGGCCCUUUUGAAAUUGUGUUGUUUCAUUCACUUGCGUGAUGAUUCGCUUAUUCUAAGACCUUUUAAAACCAAAUCCCAUAAAGAGAACAACUUUUCCCAAUUUCUUUGCCAGCAUUAUAGUAAAGUUCUGCAUGCAAAUUAUUCGCAACAUUGCCUUUCUUUCUACUGUUAAUAAUAUCACAGAAGACGCUAGGUAGUAACACAUUCAUCUCUAUUGCCAAGAGGCUUUGGACAGUGAGAACUUUUUCGGGAUUGAACCUAAAAUUUUGCAAUCUUCUUCCAUCGCUUUUUUCGCUUGAAAUGUCACUUUUUUCUUCUUCCCGACAUCAAUAACUUAAUAACGGCUGUAGUAACCUGUUGUGACUGUCCGCAAAGACAUUUUUCUCGACCACUUUAUGUGCUUCCACUGCAAAGUUGUAAUGUGUGCUUCUUCGAUCUGGAACGUGGCUGUACCUUGUCAUGCGACUACCUUAGUUCAAUCGAUGGCCAGGUUCACAGUUGGCUUUGUUUAGUAAUACAAUUAAUGUCCGUCCAUCAGUAUGUUGACCCUACUAAUCUUCAUUAUAAUGUGCCACUGCAGAAAUGCACAUCUCUUCUGUUUAUUGCCGAAAUCACUAUGCUUUAUUAUUUCACUGGUUGCCAAGUUCUAUGUAUUGGAAGUCUACUUCAUUUUUCAUCUAUCCACAGUCAUAUGUCCUCUGAUGUCUCUGAGGCUGGCACAUAUAACAGGCUAGAGAAAAUAUGAUAAACACUUGUUGCAUCUAAUGCAGCAGCUGUUUCAGUCUUACUAUUGAGAAUCUCCAUGAAACUAUGGUCAGUGGACACACUAAACUUCCAAUCCUACGCAUAUCUUGGUUAACAACAAAAUUUGUUUUCUCCAUCACGAUCGCUGUUGUUAUCUUAAUCUAACCAUACAGUUAAUUUACAUGGAAGUCAGCUUGUCAUAUGUCACACUUAUGUGAGAGAUUAUAACGUUUUAGAACUUCAUAACGACAAAUACUAAUCUUGAUGGCUGUAGGGUGCUGCAUUAAAGAAUGGCAUAACUUACGGACUGACCUUGAAGAAUUAAAACUUCGUAAUUAUAUGUCAGAUCCAGGAAUGUUCAGAUAAAAACACAUGAGACUCUACCUUCACUUCACGCAGCAAAUCAGAUGCAGAUGUGUUUCAUUAUACAACAAUAAUAUGCACUAUUUCAACUCGUGAUUUUAUACCUGUCUUACAGAACAAAAUAAACAACAGGAAUUACAAGAAAUUUUAGGGUUAAUUCAAUUUACUGGCGUCUGUUGUAAUUGAAUUCUAUUGCUGGUUUACUUUUUCCGUGUCAUUUGUGUUACAAAAAAUGCAGUACUGUUUGACAAAAUGUGACGUCCACACUCGUGGCGCCAAUAUCCGGCGAAAGUGCUACUAACGGUGCAGAUGUCGUGGAACUGAGAGCACAGGUUGUGAUUUGUUAGGGAUGCGUGAACCACCUACUGGGUGCAUGUUGCCCAAGUUCAGUACAAAUGGACGGCGACCAAAGACUGAAAGGACUAUGGCGCUCAUUGCGCUGUGUAAAUGUUGGUCUGAGCGCCUACAAAUUACGUGUCUGUGAGGCAGGAACGUGUCAACCACGUGUUUCUGUUCUCACAGCCAAGUGUUUGAUACAGUGUGAUUACCUUUGUUUGGUCUAAGAUCUCCUACACAGGAACACUGGGAAAUAAAUGUGUCGAAGAGACACUUAAAUGUAUUUCAGUAUGUUUUCAUAUGUAAACUAAGUAGUUUGUAGAAUACUCCUGUACAGAUUAUUAUUGUAUUAAAUAAAGACUUAUUUGUCAGUAUCAA